AUGAUAGACGAAGGUCACGCGAGCAUUGCCGAGUAUUUAUCCAAUGACAUUCUAGAUGAAGAUUUUCUGAACAGUUUUGCUCUAAUUUGGCGUCUCCAGCUCGUCCUGGGAUCAUGUCGUGUCGACGCGAGAAACCAAUUCAUUUCUGCACCAACUAUAACGCAUAAAAUAUAUACUAUCGCUAUUUUGAUGUUCAUUAGUGUUGGAUAUUAUCAAAUACUACACUAUAGUGAAAGAGCAUACCCCGACGAUGUAGUUACGAUGGUAGAUCUCACUGGAGUGAUCGUGAUGUCGAUUUUGGUUACCUUGGAAUUAUUUGGACUAAUAUAUUUGUGUUAUCACGCGGAACUGUUCCAUUUGGAAGUUUCAAGAGUUAAAGUGUCAAGCAUUGAAUUAAUGUCAGUUUAUCAAAGCGGACCUCUAAGAGACAAAGCGAAGAGUAUAUUUGAGCUAAUUGAAAAUAUACCGCCUAUAUUUUCAGUGUACGGCAUGUUUGAGAUAAGAGCAUACACUUUUAUAAGUCUCCUUAGUGUCAUCACGUGGUUACUUGUGACUGUGUUGCAAUUUGAAUUUUUAUAGAUUACGAUUCCAAAAUUAAUCCCUUUAUGUCAUAAUGGCUGUCUGCGGCAUAGCUCAGAUACUAUAAAAAUUAGGAAAUUGUA